AGGAUGGAGAGUAGCAAUCCAUGGAGCAUCAUCUAGAACUGAUGGUUCCUGCUUGAGAUGUGUUCUCGUACCGAUGGCAAAGAGUGGAUUGAUGCUACUCAUCUCCUGGCUGGACCUUCCAAGUUCUACGUAGAAUGCUGAUGUACUGACAAGGACAUACCUGGGAGGCCUUCCAGAAAGCGGCUGCGUUUAGACUCUGACGACUUUGAGUCAACACACACUCAUACCAAACGCUUCCCAUGGAUCAAGACGUCGGCAUGGAUGCCUUGCUGGACCUCAGCUUCCUGACCGAGGAAGAGCAGAACGCCAUUGCGGAGGUUCUCCAGAGAGACUCGCAGCUCCGGAUGUCGGAGGAGGGACGGAUCAGCAAACUGCGUGAGUCUAUCUCCGAUCCAAACUGUCUGAAGAUCUUAUCCGGAGACUGGUUCUGUGAUGUCCGUUCCAAGCGUCACCGGCACAAUCAUUUUGGUUCGGACAUUGUCCGGGCUUCGAUCCGCCGAAAGAAGAAGCCCAAAGGUGAAUGGGAACUGAAGCAACGAGCCAGCUUGGGCGAUUUGGAGGUGAUCAGUGAACCCGCCAUUGAGGAAGAGAACGUGCCGGAGGCUGUGGACAGGAUCCCUAUUGACACUGUUGCUCCUGAACCACCCAGGCCAAAAGAGACCCAGGAUGUGAUCCGGUUCCCGGAGCAGAUGGCUGACAACAAGCCAGAGAUAAGCGACUCAUUUAGUAGCCUGAGUUCGGAGGCUGAGGAGGAGGAAGAGGAACAGCGGACCAAUGCAGCACCAGCCAUCACAGUCACGACACAGAGCAACAGGAGUCUUGAAAACGGCCAGGAAGGAGCGUUGGCUUCAUCGCCUCUGAAGAAAAACGUGAUGAGCCCCCUGAAUAAAAUGCUGAGCACCAGCUCCUCGUUCUCCAGUCUAAGCUCGUCCACGAUGAGCGGCAGCACAGUGAGCAUAUUCAGUGACAAUGAUAUUGGGAACGUGGAAGUUCGCGGCUGCAUCCAGUUCUCCCUGCAGUACGACUCCAUGAAGAAGGAGCUGCAAGUUCAAGUCAUCCAGUGUCGAGACCUCGCCGAAGCCAAGAAGCAGCGGUCAGAUCCGUAUGUCAAAACCUACCUCCUUCCUGACAAAUCCAAUCAUAGCAAGAGGAAAACUGUCGUCAAGAAGAGGACACUCGACCCCAUCUUCAACGAGACCCUUAAGUACAAGAUUGACAAGGCUGGUCUGCAUGGCCGGAUCCUGAACCUGUCUGUCUGGCAUCAUGAUGCCUUGAGCCGAAACCUUUUCAUGGGAGAGGUAGAGGUCGGGUUGAAUGCCUGGGAUUGGAGCAACACAGGUCCGCAGUGGUUCAACCUCCAGCCCAGGACUCCAGUCACUCCUGAUGCUGUGCCCAACUGUGGCAAACUGAAUCUGGCCCUGAAGUUCAUCCCAGCUGGCUCAGAAGAGAAGGGGCUCCCUCCCACUGGAGAGCUCCACAUCUGGGUGAAGGAGGCGCAGAACAUUGUUCCACGCCGGGGCAGCACAGCGGAUUCCUUCGUGCAGUGCUACAUCCUCCCUGAUGACAGCAAGGCAGGCCGCCAGAAGACCCGCAUUGUGAAGAAGAGCCUCAGCCCCAUCUUCAAUCACACCAUGGUCUACGACGGCUUCGAGGCCAAAGACUUGGCUGAGGCGUGUGCAGAGUUCACCCUCUGGGACCGUGAGAAGUUCUCCAAGCAGCGGCUCGGAGGCCUCCGGCUGAGCCUUGGCACAGGGAGCAGCUAUGGCCUGCCAGUCCCCUGGAUGGAUUCGACGGAGGAGGAGCGCCACAUCUGGGAGAUGGUGUUCACGAACCCUCAGCAGUGGGUGGAAGCUGGACUUCCCCUGAGGACCAAUUUGAGCCCUAGGACCUUGGCCAAGCCAUAGCGGAACGCCUGUCCACAGUGAGACGACGGGGAAGCGCUGGUCCGUCUCCAGAAUACGAGGACCCGAUGGAUGUGGAUGGAGGAUCCCCAUCGUCUCCAGAACCUCAUGACAACAGCAGCGCUGGCUUUGAAAGGACCAACCCUGCCAGGGUGCAAUAAAAGACAUGGUGCUAGGAGCCAUGCCCACUUGCUGCUGCCUUCUCUACCUGAAGGUGCCUGCUCUCACAGAGUUCAGGAGGAGAGCCUGCAAGACUCCCAGAGAGGGAUAACUUUAUCAGCCACUAUAGUUUUGGGGUGGAGAUACCCCACGGAUAAUAGCCACGUCUACCUACAGUCAUUUUUGAUUUUGCUUCUUGCCUUCCCAAACGUUACACACUAUUGACAAACGCAGUUUCCUCCACUUGUUUAUUAAUGUCUCCCUUCCUCACAUCUCCAUCCUUGUUGCUACUCAAAGGAACCCAAACAGUCCCCUUGUUAAAUCACUCCUGCUUUCCCUCCUGCUGAUCAGCAGGUGUGUCUCCCAUCAUCGCCCAGUACUGAACCAAUGACGCUGGAGCUGUGCAUUUUGGUCUGCGGAUGCGGGGCGGGUGGGUUGUCUGGCAUUGCUGAAUACGCUUCGCUAGCUAAAAUUCGACUCGUGCAGGGAUCUUCCUGGAGCAGCCUGCACUGUGAUACUUGCAGGGUCACACAGAAGCCUUAUGUCCCUUUUCUUUUGAGAUCCAGGCCGGUGAAGGAAAUUGCCAUUCCCCCUUUUUCUCAAUCCAAGAGAGAGAAAGUGUGCACAUUGCAGAUUUUGGCAGGAGCGCUUCCGACUCCAUGAAGUGGUCUCCGGACCUUAUUUACCAGAGCUGGAAGAUUUUUCCCCACCUUCCCCAGCCAAAGGAAAGAUGGCAAGCCAGUUUUCAUUGCCUCAAUGUGAGGACAGUUAACCUGCACCUGGAAACCUGCAAUGACUCGUUUUUCUUCUUUUUCACUGCUGGGUGAGAAAGUGCCGUCCAGAGCUGGGUGCCUUGCAAAGAACUCCAGGUCUUGCUCUCAGUUGGCUGUGCAUUGCAUCUGUUGGUCAAGGGUUUCUCGAUGUUCUAAGAUGGCUCUCCAGAUGCGGCACACCAUGCCCCCCCUGCCAAGAAAAGCCAACAACAACAACAAAAUCAGCCGCUGGGCGUGUCGUGGUGAAACUCUGGUCUGUUUGGCUGAUGUGACUUGCAAGAUAAUUAUGUUAAUAGUGGGUAUAGCAGAUCACCCAGAAGGCUUCCCAGAAACUGGACUGUUCAGAACACAACUGUAUUUGGAUGAAAGUGGAAAAGCUGCAGCUGCUUCACAUGCUAUGUGAAGAGCUACAGUCAUCAACGAACUGUCUUAAUGUAUAAGCUAUUGCCCCAUGAAUGGCUUCCAGAAUGAUUUUUUAAAAACUUUCAGCGGCAGCACUUGGGUUUCAGCCCCCUAGGAGUAGGUACGCUCAGACCCCAAGCCUAUAUUCUAGGCUGACUGCAGCUAGAUUCACCAAAUUGAAAUAAAAUGUAGUUUGCUUAAAA